CCUGCUUGCUCUCCACUCUCGCAUGGCAUUUUUGGAAGCGGCACACAGCUGGCGGCCACUGCACCACUAGGUACAUUAGCUUCACCUCGUUUGUCGGAUCGUAAGAGGUGGGAUGAUGUCGUUGUUGGCGCUAUGUUGUUCCCGUGGGUCGAGUACUGUUCGAAAAGCAUUCGCCGAUGGAAGCAGGAGAGCAGAAGAGCGUGUGUACAAAGAGCGUGUGUACUGCAGAAUUCCCGCAACUCUUUCUUCACGCGGGCUUGACCUUCCUUCAUUUCUGCCGUUAGUCCAACUCCCUGCAAACGUAUGGAC